AUGACUCUCAUCACAGCCGACACGAAAGACUCCAAAAUGGAAUCAGAUCAAUACCCCGACCCCGUAACACGACACGUCGAAACCACCCAUCCAUUCCCAGAUCCCAUCCUCCCCAACGCUUCGUCAUACCCAGAUCACCCAGACCAGAAUCCAGAUAGUCAACUCUCUCCUCCACCAUACUCAGAAACAGACUCAACUCUAACUCCCGCUUCCCAUACCAUCACCCACACCCACACCCCUAUCCAACCCUCCGACUCAGCCUCUCAAAUCCAACACCACGCAUCUAUCCCCAUCUUCAACGCCGGCGAGGUCUCCCCCUCCCCCUCCCCCACAACCCCACAAAGCAAUUCCAUCUCCGCAUCCAGCUCUGUAUCUCUCACGGGACCCUUGCACGUCACCGGCUCUGUGAAAUCCUCGUCGUCGGUCACGCUGAAGAAACAUAUUAAAGUGGACGGGAAAGUCGAUGCGAGUUGUUUUGUUUGGUUGGAGGAUGAGGUGCUGGUUGAGGGGAAGGUGGAUGCUAGUGGGAAGGUUACGCUCAGGGAUGGGGUUACGGUGAGGGGGAAGGUGGAUGCUAGUGGAAGUGUGGACCUCUCAAACAGCAUCCACGUCUCUGAAAAAGUCGACGCCAGCGGCGCCAUUUCUUUGAACGGCGGCGACCGCGGGAUCUUCAUAGGCGGCAAAGUCAGUACCAGCGGUGCGCUUGAAAUCGUCGGUGCAGUCGAGAUCCUGGGGCCGAUUAAAGCUAGUGGGGGUGUGAGGAUUCGAGGUGGGAGUUGGAGUGGUGAGGAGAAGGGUGAGGGUGAUGGGAAGGGAAGCGCUGUCAGGAUGAGGCUGGGGACGAAGGUUGAGGCGAGUGGGAGUGUGGGGGUUGAGGGGUGGGUGGAGAGCUGUGGCAAUCUGUAUAUCUCCCGAACCCUAAAACUAAACGGAAACCUGCACGUUGAUGGAGAUCUAGAAAUCAAAGGCGAUUUGGUGAUGCAGAAGGGGAGUGUGGUUACGGUUAAGGGGAAGAGAACGAUUCAUGGGAGUGUUAAGGAGGUUUGA